AUGGCGCCUUUCCGGACGCUCGGGCUUUUCUGUGCGCCUGCGCCGCGCCCGUUGGUGGCGGCGGCGCGUGCGCAGUCGUCUCGCCGGCUGAGCGGAGCGAGGGAGCAGCCGGGGCCGCCCCGCGUGUCCGUCAUGUACCAGCGGAGCCGGGCCGUGGCCGGGCGCCUGGGCCCCGCCGCCCGCUGCUGGGGGCCGCGCUGCCGCUGGGGCGGGGCCCGGUGGGGACAGGGCGAGUCCCCGCGCUGCGGCUACCGGGCGCGGCAGCAAGACCUGGUCUCCUGCUCUGAGAAGGCCCCCCAGGCGCUGGGCCCACCCAUGGCCCUGAAGUUCCACUUGUCACUGAUGGAGCAGCAGGUGGAAGCUGCCAGGACUUUCCUGUUGCCCCCGCCAGGGGCCGACCUGGUGGGUGGUACUUUCCCGAGUGCAUCGGAGCAGAAGAUGAGCCUGCACGAGCUGCUGCAGGGUCUGGAGCAGGGGCUCCCCUGCCGGCCUGCUGCCCUCUCCCCUCUGGAGGGCAUGGAGGCCUCUGUCACCACAGUGGAUGGGCAGCGGGAGGAUGAUAUCACUGUGCGGGAGGGCACUGGCUUGGACAGCGCCUCCCUGGACUCUCUGUACAGCCUGUUUUACGGCAAGCCCUGCUGGAUGCCCUGCCAGGCCCUCGCCCCCUUCCAGGCCACUGCUGGCACAGCCAACAGUACCACCUCUGGCUCACCCGGGAACCGUGACCCCAGCAUGGAGGAGCACCUGGCUGUCAUGUAUGAGAAGCUGCAGCAUGAGCUGCCGAAUUUCUUCCUGAAGGUACCUGACUACGGGAUCUACUCCCAGGACGUGGAGUUAGUCAGCGAGAUCCUGCACUUGAGAACUCGGGGCCGAGCCAUGUACCAGCUGGCACUGACCCUGUGCCGCCUCGUGGCCUGGAACUACUUCGCCAACAUGCGGCUGGAGGUGCUGAAGCUGACGCAGCACCCCGAGAACUGGAGCAUCCAGGCCCGCUGGCGCAUCACGGGGCUCCCCUUCCACGUCCUCAUGCUGCGCUUCUACAAGAGGGACAAGAGAGAGCUGUACAGGACCUAUGACGCCUAUUCCACUUUCUUCUUGGACUCCAGAGGGCUGAUCCGCUGUCACCGGAUAGACAAGCUGAUGCCGUCCCAGCCGCCUGUGGCCAAGGUGAAGAAGCUGCUGGUGGCUGCCCUGGUUGGCUUGGGCCUGUUGGAGCACAGACCUUCCCUGCAGCUGCUCUUAUCUGCCCUGGCUGGCAAACAGCAGGGGGCACCAGCGGGCUACAGGGACAGCUGAGCCAGCCCCGGAGGAAGCCAGGCUCAGCCUGGAUGUUGUGACUCUUGUGAGCUGAUGUUGCCUCGAGGCACAAAGCCCAGCCCACUGCAUGGUCUGUGCCUGCUCCCUCCCUUCCAAGCACUGUAAAGAACCACUUGUAACUUAAACUGUACAUAAUAAAGCCCUGUGGAGAGAUGGCUGGGCUGGGGCCAGCUGGGGGGCGUCUAGGCCUGGAGAGAGCAGGUGCUGUGGAGUCAUAGGGAAGCUGUGGGACACCAGCAUCUCGGUGGUGAAUGGGGGAGCUGGAAUUCAACACAUAGGGAGGGCUUAUGGCUGAGGAAGCACCUGGGGGUGAGAAUAGGGCCUGUUUAAUCCCAAUACAAAGCAAUGCUCCCUGCUGACCCCAGAGAGAGGCAACUUCCUCACCCUUAGGGCUGCUCCUCCCCUCGUGGGAUCUUCCCCGCUCCCAGCCCAGUCCUCCCUUCCCAGCCAUACAUGGGUGGGAGAAAAGGGUUGACUGCUGAGAGCACAUUGCAACCCCCUGCUGGCUGCCUCUUAGAGUAGCCCCAACACACCUGUAACUCCUUGACCCCACUCCCCUCAGGGCCCAGGAGUCCUGAUUCCCACCUCCACACUGGGAAAUUACAAACAAGCUCAAACCUCUGCAGAGAGCAACCCCCGGCCACGAAGCCAGAGCCUGGGGGGCUGACAACAGCUGCCCUCUGGUGAAUUCCAGGGCCAUGGGGAGAGAGAAGCCACCAGUGGGGCAACGAGGCAGCAGGAAACUCACGGGCAAGCACAGGGCUCAGCUGUCACUUGUGACAGGGCAGCCCUGGUAGGGUGUCCAUUAAAAGCUGGAAGUCCCCUUCCCCUUAAACUUACAUCCGCACCAGGGAGCCAGAUGGUCUCCCAAGGGUGGCCCAGCUCUGAGCUGGAGGAGGGGAGACGACCAGGUCUGGCUUAAUUAAAAAAUUGCUUUGUUUCUGCUGCCCUCCUUGGGCAGAAAAUGCUAUACAGCUGUACAGAGUCCAUAGAAAGGGGAUAGCUUCCCCCCAAAUAACCCAGUCCUGGAGGGCCAGCUUUGGCCUCUAGCCCAGCUCCUCCCGCGUCUUGCCCAUUUUCUUGGGCAGCUUCUUAGCAGAGGCAUCCUCCAACUCCUUCGCCUUGUAGUAAUGAGGGGCCACCUCCAGCAGCCAUGUGCUGUCAAUCUCUAUGACCUGCAGGAGGGAGACAAGGGGUCAGCAUGUGCCCCCUUUGGUGCAGCACCCCCUAGUGGACGAGGGUACAACCAGAGGGAGCUGGGCAGUGGUCCAAAAUGCCAGGACUAGCCCUUUAAAUAAAUCUGAGACUUCAUUAGCAUAAAAGAGGUGGAGCUUUUAGCCCAACUCUGCCCUCAGCAAGAAGUGGAAGGGGCUAACACUGAUCAGAGGUCCCACAGCAGGAGCUACCCCUCUUCAGUGUGCCCCCUCCCCAGAGGGCAGAACAGGAAGGGGACCCUCUGGUGGCUGGAGGGUGCAGUGCAGCAAUAUUAAGUACAAGGCUGGCUUCCCCAGCCAAUCUGUAUGGCCCCAGCUGGAGUAAGCUCUACCCAAGCCCUGCUGCCCAUGGUCUCUCCUUGGCACCAUCAUACCAGGGCUAUAAGCCCCUCCCCUCUAGGCCCAGGCUGGGGGGGUGGGGAAGCAUCCCACAAUGUUUUGGGCUACCCCACUCCAGGCUCCUGCCCCGGAGACGGGAGGCCCAGCAUGUCCCACUGCGGCCGGCGGGUGUACCUGUCUCAUGAAUUCUUUGGUGGUGAAGACCAGCUCGUGGUAGAUGAGCCAGCGGGGCUGCUCCUCGAAGAGGCAGCUGUUGGGGUGGACAAAGACCGUCUGCUGGUGCUUGACCGUCUUGUAGCCGGUGCGGGUCAGGCGGGCCGUGUGGUAGAAGAAGCCAGCGGUGAUGGCCUGGGAAGGAGAGCGGGGGGGGGGGGUCAGCGAGGGUCAGGGAAGGUGAGGGUGGGACAGGGAAGGUGGGGGAGGGGGCUACCUUGCGGAUGGGAACAUAGUCUCCCUCGCUGGAGGUGAGGUCCACCUCGAUGCGCUCCAUCAGCCCCUCCAGCUGCUCCCGCACGUCCCGCGCCCGCCUCAUGGAGCGGAACUGGAUGAAGUUCUCGUAGCACCACUGCAUGGAGAAAGCACUCUCCACCCACUGGGGGUGGGGCGGGGGGUCAGAGGCAGCUGUGAGCCUGGGCUCCCCGCAGGGUGUACCCCGCUGGCUGGGGCAGGGGGUCAGAGGCAGCUGUGAGCCUGGGCUCCCCGCAGGGUGUACCCCAUUGGCUAGGGCAGCUCAGAGACCCUGUACCGUAACCCAGUCCCCAGCCUGGGGCUGGAUUGGAGCCAGCACACCCAGUGAAUGGGUGGAGGAGGAGAAGGCCCUGUGUCCCAUUCCCUACCCCUGUGUCAGCCAGUCCCCUGGACCAUGAGGGGAGCCAGUGCCCCCUACGUACGUGUGUGUGUGGGAGGGGGGGGGACCCAUCUCCCAUUCCUGGGCCAGCCAGUCUCCCACCCUGGGGCUGGAUCGGAGUUGGUGCCACCUAGGGGGAAAAGGGGCUGUCCCCUGACCCGCAGGGGGGAAGGCCCUGUGUCCAUUCCCUGCUUCCCUCACCUGGGUGUAGACGUUAAGCAACACCAGGUGGUCCCCGCCGGGCAGGAAGAAGUUCAUGCGGGCGUUGUCAGCGUGCACCACCUUGUCCUUGGGCCGGUAGAAGAUGGAGUUGUUGACAGACAGCAUGGCCGCGAUGGAGAGGAUCUGCUCUGAGCACUUGUACCUACAGAGCCCCGUGGGGGAGGCAGUGUUAGAGAGCGGGAUGGCCCUACCCCCGGAGAGCUGACCAGAAUGGGGCUUGGGAAAGGUGGCCCUUCAGGGCCCUAAGGCAGCUGGUGAGCCCGGGGCGGGCUGUGGCUCAGCACCUGAGCCUGGGUUGAGGUGAGUGAGGAGCUGGGGAUGGGGGACACAAGAGAUUCUGGAGAAGAGGAAAGGGGGACUCACUGCUCUGAGGCCAGGAUCAUCUUGGACAGCAUGGGGUCCACGGGCAGCUCUGCCAUCUUCCGGCCCAGCUGGGAGAGAGACGGCCAUUAGAGACUGGUUCCCCCACCCGCUAUCCCAUCUGCUGGCCACUCUGGAUCAGACCCAGAGACCCAUCUAGCUCUGCCUUUCUCUCCCCAAGACAGCCAAGCCGUCCCCAUGCUGCGGCUCACUGGUCAGCGUUAUCCCAGAGGGACGGGUGUGUGUGAUUAUUCCUUCCUGACCCCCAAGCAUGAGGUUCAGAUCCUGCCCUGGAGCAUGGGGGUGUCCCAGGUCCCAACAUGCAAAGGUGCCCCAGCUGUGGGAGGAUCCCCCCACCCCCCUUACCUUGGUGAGCUCCCCGAGGUGGUUGAGCGCGCCCAGGGCAUACAGCUGCUCCAGAGCCAGCACCAGGGUCUCAUGGGGCGGUGGGUCCAUGAAGUCAAAGUGGAUGAGGUCAUUGAUGCCUGUGGGGGAGAGGGGGCAGGCAGGUGGGCUGGAUUUAAAUCAGCAAGCAGGAAACCUCAGUUGAAAUCACCGCUCUGCCUCUUGUUUUGCAUUGGUACUCUGUAGUUAUUUGCCUAAAGCCAGGCUGAUCCUCACUGGUUGAGAACUGUUAGAACAUGCCAGUUUGCAUCCCCAGCUGGCCCUCACAGUAACAGGGCGCUUCUUUUUGCAAGCCAGGAUGCACUAGAUUGAUACACCUUUAUCUAAGCAAUUAGAAGCUUCACUUCCAUUAGGAUUCUUCAUUUUUACAUUAUUUAUGAUGUUAGAAAAUGGCAAAGAACAUGUCUCCGGUUGGUGAACUGUUUACCCGUGAUGUGUGUCAAGCAGCAUUUUGGGAUGGAAAUUGGAAUUGAAUUUGGUAUAAAAACCAGCAUUGUAAAGCUGUCUGAAAUGUGCUGGAGCCAUAAGAAAUAAAUGUUUAUUUAAAUGUGA